GGUGUCAGUAAUCAGACAGAUUUUGAGCUGUGAUGCGAGCGGGACGCUCCAUUAUGGAGAGGGAAACACUGAUCUGCUAACUCAGGGACGGUAAUAUGGUGGAUAUUGUAACGCAAACAAUGCCUGCAGAAAGUGACGUACACGUGGCCAGGAACUUUCUCACCAAGAUUUUGAGAAGUUCUAUGAGGAAAAACCGCUUCAAAGGGAGGAAUGAAUCGUCAUGUAGACCCCAUUCAUGGCACUCAGCUAAAUCCUCGGAAAGCUCCAACCCAAACGACUCCAAAUCUGAACCCAACCCAGCACCUGACCCCACUUGGCAGACAAAAUGUGAUCCUGGGUCACCCACAAAAGAAUUCACCAGCUGUUGGGGACAGACCAAUCUGCGACAAGCAUCCUGCCAGUUCAGCUCGGUCAGAAAUAUGGAAAGCGUAGAGCCCUCAUCUCAUGCUUUCUCAAAAGAACAACCUUUAACAAGCAAACCCAAUGGAGGAGCAGAUCACGAGGUGCUUGAAAGUGCAAUCAGCAAACCUGCUUUGCCAGGCAAUGCAUUUUCAGGCACAGCUGAUCAUGGUGCACCUCGGGGUGCCAAUCCCACAGAAGGGGUGUUUUACAGAGGCGAUCUAACAGUCCCGAGUGACUGCCACAGAUACCUGCAGAUCCCCAUAGGCAAUGGGGGACGAGUGAGUCCCAGUGUUGAGGAGCAAUCUAGCUCCAGACUCUCCUCUACUGCGAGAUCAAACCAUAGACCUGUGUGGCAUAUUCCAGAGAAUAAGAUGUCCAGUUCUGAAGCUCCUCCUGCUCCUCCUUUGCGGAGUGAUAGUUUCACUGCCACCAGAGUUCAUGAGAAGAGCUUAGUGGGAUUGUUCCCUGAGGGACACACUGUAUAUCCACUACAGAGACCUCCCUGUAGAGCUGUGGACAGACAAUUAGAGGACGUGAGACACAGCUACAACUCGCCUCCAAAGAAGGACUACCUUGAGCCAUACCUUCCAGUUGAGGACUACCCAAAUCAGCUAAACCCUACCAAACUCUUUUCCCUGUCAAGCACUGAUGUAAGACAAGGCCAGAAUCCGUUUGCCUCUGAGUUUCAGCAUCAGAGACAGCACAGUGAUGAUAGUCCAUUUUCUGUGUAUAACAACUCUACAUGUUCAUCAAAGUCUCAGAGUGUUGGGAGCUACUACCGAAGUUUGCAAGAUUUGCCUAAUAAUGUUAGCAAUCAAAACAAAACUAGAACCAGCACAGUCUUUGAUCCCAACCAUGAUGGCCAAGCUCAUUUCCGUUACUACUGCAUCACUGCCCAACAGCCAUACCUGGAGUCAUCUUCUCACUGUCGGAUGGUAGAUGAACAAAGUUCUGAAAUGGGAAAAGCACAAGGUGCCACAGAUAGAAGCUUUGUAGGUUCUCAAAAGGUUAUAAAAGCAAAGCAUCCCCAACUGUACCUUAGUUUACCCGAGAACAAGAGAUCCAAUGGUUACAACAAACAGUCCAUCAGUCCAGCUUCAGCUCAAGCUGUGUCCCCGAUAUCAAAUAAUUUGAUUUCAAAGCACAGUUCUGUGGAAAGAGAGACUCAAAAAAAGAAAGAUAAGCCUCAGCCUUCCAGGCACAUUCCAAACCACCAGACUGAGCAGAACUCCAUGUACACUUACCAACAUGACAAUCCAUGGAUCAGCAAGCAGGAUCUGAAGAUCUGUCCCCACAAAACCCCCUUGUUGCAUUCAUUGGCCCAGGAGAGUAAGAAAAUGGCAGAAAAUUCGAUUACAACAGCCUCCAAAGGAGGUAGUCAUGAAUCAAGUGAUGCCAGCAGUGGAAAGCUGGGAAGACGAAGUGACCGCUAUGCCACAACUUUACGCAAAGAGAUUCAAAAGAAGAGGGCUCAACUUCAAAAAAGCAGAAGCGCAGCUACCUUGACUUGCUCAACUGAAGUUGAGGAGGACUCUGACAUAUGGAAGUCCAAUGAAACCUCCACAUCCUCUUCUGAUGGUUCCUUUACUAACACGUACAAGGAUCAUCUGAAGGAAGCCCAAGCCAAAGUUCUACAGGCUACAUCAUUCAUGAGGAAAGAUCUGGAGCUUCCUGGGAAUGAAGUUGUGUCUGCUCAACUUCCCAAAAGACCUGGGCAAGUCACCCGCAUUGGAGGUCGUAAACGCUUUCCCAUGGAUAAAAAAAUACAUUCCUUCUCUGAACCGGACAAGAUCAAUGAGGUCGGAGUUGAAGAUAAAGCUGGCGGGUCUUUUGCAGACCGAUACAAGUUCUUUGAAGGUUCUGGCAAAGCGGUUGUCCAAAAGCCCAUUCCAAAGCAGUCCCUGCUUGGUCCUACUGUAGACCACAGUGAGAGAAAGACUGGAGAAGCUGAAAGUAUCCCUCGAGUACUGUUAAAGCAAAGUAAAUCCAGCCAUUCUGACCUUAAUGCAGAUGAGCAACAAAGGCUUGGUACAUUUGCAGAAUAUGAGGCUACAUGGAACUUGCAGAAGAAGCAAGUGGAAAGAAGAAACACAGGCAGAUACCAUUCAGCUGAAAAUAUUUUGGACUCAGGCUUGGAGGAAUCCAACAGUGCACUGUGUGUGCAUGAAAGAUCACGCUCCUCACCUUCUGCUGACUUCUAUGGACAGAAACUUCCUUUGCCACCCAGAAAGUUACCUUUGGAUUCUCCACCUGAAGCCAAAGACCAACAGGAGGCUCAUAUUUCCAGUGCAUCUGAAAAGGAACACAAUGCACUUAAUAUUUCCAAGUCUCAAGAGUCCAUCACAAUGAGCAUUCUGGACAAUUCAGUUGAACCUCUUGGAUACAACCAGAAAUCCAGAUCUGACACCAAGCAGCCAGCACCGAUUACUUCACAACAUCUCCAGGUUCCCAUGUCAGAGCAACUUCUUCCCAAAAACAAUGGUCUUAUACCACAACACAAAGAACUUGAAACCACCUGCCCAAUCAUGGCUUCCCUAGAAGUCAGGAUUCAGACCUUUUCACCAGAGCCAACACAAGAACGCCUGAGACUCAAUACUUCAGAACCUCUGGACGGAGACAUGCAUGCACAAGUGGAUGAGCAUAAAUCAGAGAGGAUGUUAUCUCCUAUUCCACAUAAUUCAGCUGGUUCCCCUAUCCCUCCCAAGCAGAAGGCUGACCUGACGGUAACCUCAGCCAGCAGAACACGUUCUCCUUCUCCUCAGUUCUUUCCACAGAGACUCACGGAUGAACCUCCUGCAAAUGUGUACAAAAAGGAUCCAUGCAGUAGUAAGGUGGAAGAGCCAAACACUCCUGGCAGAAAGGUCCCCAUACAGAUUGUUUGUACAGAAAAUGGUUCAGAGAGAGACAUCCGAAACUAUCUGCUGCACUCAGAAUCAUCUGAAGAGCCUCAAACUGGCCAGCUAAAAACCCUGGAAUCUUCAGAGCAAUGUCAUGCACCAUUCAUCGCAUACUCAAACCAGAUAGAAGAACCAAUAUUAGACCCUUUCAAACCAAUGAGGAGCAACGGUGUGAGCGAACACUCGGAGGACGAUCUGAAGCGAGAGGAGCUGGCCAGAGAUAUAAUGGGGAAAGACAGGAGUCUGGUGGACAUUCUGGACCAGAGAAAGAUGAAGACCACCAUGGAUCUGAUGGAGGGAAUAUUUCCACAGGGCGAGCAGAUACUGGAGGGAGCGCAGCAGAGGAGGAAAGCGGCGUCCAAACAGACGUCUCCUAAAAAUGCACAGCAGAGGAUGGAGGAGAGUCUGUCUUCAUCAGUCUCGUUGGUCAGCAGUUCAUCAUAUUACAGCACAUCUGCACCCAAAGCAGAGCUGCUCAUUAAGAUGAAGGACAUGCAGGAGCAGGACUCAGAGGAUGAGCUCACUACUGACCUCUCCAGCAAGAAGCAAGAGCUGAUGGACAGUUUGAGCAAGAAGCUGCAGGUUCUGAGAGAGGCUCGUGAAAGCCUGCAGGAGGACGUUCAGGAUAAUAACGCUCUGGGAGAGGAAGUGGAAGCCACAGUCCAGAGCGUCUGCAGAGCCAAUGAGCUGGAGAAGUUUCGCAUGUUUGUUGGAGAUCUGGAUAAAGUGGUCAGUCUGCUGCUGUCUCUGUCUGGACGGCUGGCACGUGUGGAAAACGCACUCGAUAACCUGGAGGAGGGAACAUCCGCUGACGAGAAGCAAACGUUGACGGAGAAGCGCAGGCUGCUGAUUGGUCAACAUGAAGACGCCAAAGAGCUGAAGGAGAAUCUGGACCGCCGCGAGCGCGUGGUUUAUGAGAUCCUGACGGGAUACUUCAGGGAAGAGCAGCUGGCAGAUUACAGACACUUCGUUAAAAUGAAAUCGGCGCUUAUUAUAGAGCAGCGCAAACUGGAGGACAAGAUAAAACUGGGAGAAGAGCAGCUGAAGUGUCUGAAGGAGAGUCUGCCGCUCGAACAGAGACUCCUGUACUGAUGCAUUCAUCUUCUCUCACACAUCUCACUUUUAUUUAUCCAAGCAUUGCUGCGCAUCCGCUCGUGUAUUUGCCGAUUCAAAGGGUUAGUUCACUCAAAAAUAAACAGUCUGUCUUUUAUUAUUCACCCUCAUGUUGUUGCAAUUCCAAUGAGGCUUUUGUUUAUCUUCAGAACACAAAUUAAGAGAUUUUAGAUGAAAUCCUGGAGCUCUCUCAUCCUCUAUAAACAGCAAGA